CCGGCAGGCAGCGCGCUAAAAUCAAUUUCCAUAACCUCCAUUAACACCUCCAAGCGGCGCUCAAGAUUCUUGCUCGUAAUCCGCCGGCGGGAAUUCCCCCGGGCUGUCUACGGCUCCUUUUCCGUCCUAAUAUGUCUCUAAUGAAAUAGCAGUUCAUCAGACGCUGUGCUUCUACUAUCUAGGCUCAAUGGCUUUUCUGUUCCGGUCUCUCAGUCUCGCUCCGCUAACUCGGCCGGCAAAGCCCCCAUUGAUAUGUGCGGAAUGCCGCCGCACAUUGGUCUCGAGUCCCGCGCUCCAGUCCGGUCAUAACAAAUGGAGCAAGAUCCGCCAUGACAAGGCGGCAAACGACGCCAAGAAGAAUGCCGCCCGGACAAUCUUCACCAAGAACAUCGCCUUGUACUCCAAGCUGUUUGGGCCUGACCCCAACAACAACCCCCAGCUAGCCUCGGCCAUCACCGCAGCCAAGAAGGCCAGCGUGCCGAAAGACAAAAUCGAAGCAGCUAUCGCGCGAGGACAGGGGAAGACGUCCGGCGGCGCAGCACUCGAGCCUCUGACCUUCGAAGCGAUGAUGCCACCUUCCAUCGCGCUGAUUGUUGACCUUGAGACCGAGAGCAAGCUGCGGGCUCUGCAGGACCUGAACCAGAUGGUCAAGAGGGCGAAGGGGUCGUCGGGCUCGUCUAAGUUCUUCUUCUCGCGCCUCGGCCGGGUGGUGUUUGAGAAGGGUGAGAGCGGGCUGGACGCAGAUCACAUCAUGGACGACGCGAUAGAGGCCGGGGCGGAGGACUUGGAGAAUGACGAGGACGGGAACAUUGUUGUCUGGACACGGCCAACGGGGACGAUGCAGGUGUGCAAGGCGGUUGGCGACAAGUUUGGUCUGAAGAUCUUGAGCUCGGAUAUCAUCUGGGUGGCCAACGAGGACACAAAGACCAAGUUAGACUCCUCGCAGGAGAUGAUCAACUUUACUGAGCUGCUCGAGGCGCUUCGCGAGUACCCCGAGGUGCAAGCCGUGUAUUCGAACGUCUCAAAGGGGGCCAUGAGCGAUGAUGAGUGGGAGAAGAUAGAGGAUAACCUGGACACAUAACAACCGCGAUUAGAC